CUUCUUGCCUACGAGCUCACUAGAACGCUAGCUACACUACUACAUACCGCUCACUCACAAUGGCUCUCGGACGACACGUAGACGUCGACAAGCUCAUCGGCGAGUGCAAGGACCACCGCGCGUUCAAGCACAGCCAUGACAGCUUGGAGCUCGUCGACAUCCCGUACGCCUCUCGCUACGACAACCAGCAGGAGGUGCCGCGCUUCAGACUCCCCCAGGACGGUGUCGGCGCCGAUGUCGUGUACCAGAUCCUCCACGACGAGCUCAUGCUCGACGGUAACCCGAACAUGAACCUUGCGUCGUUUGUCCACACCUGGGUCCCGCCCCAGUGCGAGAAGCUCAUGAUGGAGAACCUCAAUAAGAACCUCGUCGACCAGGACGAGUACCCCGCCGCGCAGGACAUUCACGACCGCUGCAUUUCGAUGAUCUCGCACCUGUGGCACUCGCCCGCCGGCUCGUCGAUCGGCACAGCCACGACAGGCUCGUCCGAGGCCAUCAUGCUCGGCGGCCUCGCCCUCAAGAAGAAGUGGCAGGAGCGCAUGAAGGCCGCCGGCAAGGACAUCCACAACCCCGGCCCCAACAUCGUCAUGGGCGCCGAGGCCCAGGUCGCGCUCGAGAAGUUUGCGCGCUACUUUGAGGUCGAGGGGCGUCUCGUUCCCGUCACGAAGGAGAGCAACUACGUCAUGGACCCCAAGAAGGCCAUUCAGUGUGUCGACGAGAACACGAUCGGCAUCUUCGUCAUCCUUGGAUCCACCUACACUGGUGUGUUUGAGAACGUCCAGGAGAUGUCCGACCUCCUCGACGACUACGAGAAGAAGACGGGUAUCAGCAUUCCCAUUCACGUGGACGCCGCAUCGGGUGGCUUCGUCGCUCCGUUCGCGUACCCCGACUACGUGUGGGACUUUACGAUCCCCCGUGUGCACUCGAUCAACGCGAGUGGUCACAAGUACGGUCUGUCGACCGUCGGUGUGGGAUGGAUCAUCUGGCGCACGCCCGACCACCUCCCCAAGGAGCUCAUCUUCGAGCUGCACUACCUCGGCGAGACAGACUACUCGUUCAACCUCAACUUUAGUCGCCCCGCACACCCGAUCCUGUCGCAGAUGUUCAACUUCCUCAACCUCGGGUUCGAAGGAUACCGCAGAGUCAACCUCAACGACCUCGCCAAGGCGCGCAUCCUGUCCCGCGCGCUCGAGGGCACGGGCUACUUCUCCAUCCUGUCCAACGUUCAUGUGCCCAAGCCUGUCGCGGAGCGCGGCAACUUUGGCGACGGUGACGCAGAGUACUACCACGAGGGUCUCCCCGUCGUGUCGUUCCGCUUCACCGACGACUUCAAGAAGCAGAACCCCAACCUGCAGCAGUCGUGGAUCCAGAGCCAGCUGCGCUACUAUGGCUGGAUUGUGCCUAACUACCCCCUCCCCCCCGCGUGCGACGACACCGAGAUCCUCCGUGUCGUCAUCCGCGAGUCGUUCUCGGGCGACCUGUUGCGCAAGCUCGUUGAGGACAUCAUGUCGACCGUCGAGAACCUCCUCAAGGACCAGGGCCCGUCGUUCUCCAUGUCCCACGGCGCCGGAAACGGCAAGGUCAAGGACAAGCACGCCAAGUGGGACUCCAAGAAGAUCAAGGACAACCACAAGACCCACUCCAAGGUCUGUUAAGUGCUAGAAAGUGGUGUAGAACAUCUCUUUAUAUAUGAAUUCAUCCAAAGGGUAUCAAGUGCCUCUGUUUAUGCAAGCUCUGCGCUGUG